AGUAAUUUUGUAUAUUUGUAUUAUGGCCACUGGCCUACGCACAGUAUUUUUUAUUUAUUAAGUUUAUACAAAUUAAAAUGAAUUUAUUUGUGUAUCGUGAAUUAAGUUUUACAUUCAAAUGCUGCACAGCUUGUUAACAAAAAAUCAUUGGCAUUAAUUCAAGUUUUUCUUGAAAAUUCCUGUUAUAAAUUCUCUACGAUUCAUGAAUGAAAUUUGAUCUAGUAAAGUAAAACACACAGAUCGUGUUACUAUGGAUUAUGAGAAGUGAUUUGAUACAUAUGAAUGAAAGUAACUGCAGGUGACUACAAUUCAUGAUGGGGAGAUUGUGUAUUAUUCUUAUUUUAAAAGUACUAUGUUCACUAGUUGUUACUGAAUCUUCACGUGUUACUAUUUUGCAAGGUGAUUCUUUGCCUCACCAUGGACGUUGCGAGCCAAUUACAAUUCCACUCUGUCAACAGAUUCAAUACAAUCAAACGAUAUUUCCGAAUUUGCUAAACCACGCGAAUCAGAAGGAUGCUGGAGCAGAAAUUCAUCAGUUCACCCCCUUGAUAAAAGUGAAUUGUUCACCAGAUCUGAAGUUUUUCCUGUGUUCAAUGUUUGCUCCUGUCUGCACAAUUCUAGAUAAACCCAUUCAGCCCUGCCGACACCUCUGUGAAUCCGCCAGGCACAAUUGUGAUGAAUUAAUGGCUAAUUUUGGAUUCUCGUGGCCCGAUUACUUAGACUGCUCCAAGUUCCCAGUGGCAACAGAUGAACACGUAAUAUGUGUGGGUGAUAACAAUGCUACACAUGACUCUCGCAAACCCACAGAGCACAAGCAUCGCAAAGUUGACUAUAAAUCAAAUAUUGAAAGGGACCCAGCUAAGUUACCUGGUGCAAAAGAUUAUGGCUUUGUGUGCCCAGCCCAAUUUGAAGUACCUAAAAGUUUGGAUUUGGAUUAUUCCUUAAUAGUUGGAGACAAGAUUCAACCAGAUUGUGGAGCACCUUGUGAUGGAAUGUUUUUCAAACAAGAUGCAAAGAAGUUUUCAAGGCUGUGGAUUGGAAUCUGGGCAACUUUAUGUGCAUUGAGCUGCUUAUUCACUGUCUUGACAUUUUUGAUUGAUACUGAUAGAUUUCGCUAUCCUGAAAGGCCUAUUAUUUUCUUGUCUGUUUGCUACCUGAUGGUAGCCUGCAGCUACAUCAUGGGUUGGGGUGCUGGUGACAGUGUGAGCUGCCAGGGCCCAUUCCCUUCCACACAUGGUGGGUCAAGACUAACCAACCCCAUGCUUAUUACUCAAGGAACCAAGCAUGAACCAUGCACCAUCUUAUUCAUGGUUGUGUAUUUCUUUAGUAUGGCUUCAAGUAUCUGGUGGGUGAUAUUGACCCUGACUUGGUUCUUAGCUGCUGGGUUGAAAUGGGGCCAUGAAGCUAUUGAAGCCAACUCACAGUACUUUCAUUUGGCUGCGUGGGCUGUACCUGCAAUCAAAACCAUAUCAAUAUUAGCAAUGGGAAAAGUUGAUGGUGAUGUCUUGUCUGGAGUUUGCUACGUUGGAAUUUGGAAUGCAGAAGCACUACGAGGAUUUGUUCUAGCUCCAUUAUGUGUGUAUUUAGUGCUUGGUACUGUAUUCCUUCUGGCAGGUUUUGUCUCUCUAUUUCGCAUUCGAACAGUCAUGAAACAUGAUGGCACCAAGACUGAUAAACUUGAGAAGCUAAUGAUUAGGAUUGGUGUUUUUGGUGUUCUGUAUACUGUGCCAGCAUUGAUUGUGAUUGCGUGUUUGUUUUAUGAGCAAGCAUAUUUUGAUAGCUGGAUGGUGACCUGGCAUAGGGAUAUGUGUUCUUCAUCUCUUUACUCUAUACCAUGCCCUUUUACCCGCCAGGAGACAGAGCGGCCGAAAUUUGAAAUGUUCAUGAUAAAAUAUCUCAUGACUAUGAUUGUUGGCAUAACGUCUAGUUUUUGGAUCUGGUCUAGUAAAACUUUAGUGUCAUGGCGCCAAUUUUUCGAUAAAAUUAAAGGUCGACGAGUUGAAGCUUAUGUGUGAUAGAUUAAAUGUAGGGGUAAAAUCGGUGUUGUUGCUUUUAUAAAUCAAGUCGGCAGCUAAGGGGCAGUUAUUUCGUAACAUAGAAACAAGGCUGAUAUUUGUAAAUACCUUUUUGUCUCGUUUAUGGAGAUUAUUUUUCAUAAUAAUUUUUACUAUUUUAAGUUACUUUUUUACAAUAUUUAGAGUUAAGAAUCAGUGUAAUGUAAUUAAAACUUAUUUUACUAU